AUGUCCAAGGUCAGCGACAAGGUGGCGAUGCGACACAUGGACGUGUACAUGGAGCAAGAGGAGAAGUACAGCGAGGCCAUCAUGUCUGACUCAGAGACACUCCUGAACAAGCUCCACUUCGAAAUGGCAUCUCGCAUGCCCUAUGACCUCUCCACCCCUCCCAUUCGCUGGGGUCCCUGGCUAUACUACCGCCGCGUCGAAGAGGCUAAACCCUAUCCCAUUCUCUGCCGAAGAUUGGCCAGCUUGAACGAUGAUUUCAUUUCACAUAAAUAUGCCCCGGCAGGGUUCGAUUUCACUACGGGUAAAGCCAUUGAGCAGAAGCUCGUUGAUUAUAAUCUAGAAGCUGAGAGAUUUGGAGGUUAUGCUUAUGAGGAACUGUCUGAAGUUUCACCUAAUCAUCAGUUUCUUGCAUACACUAUGUAUGAUAAAGAAAAUGACUACUUCAAGUUAUCAGUUAGAAAUUUGAAUUCAGGUUCGUUGUGCAGUAAGCCUCAGGCAGAUCGAGUUUCAAACUUGGCAUGGGCUAAGGAUGGACAGGCAUUGCUUUAUGUUGUGACAGAUCAGAAAAUGAGGCCUUACCGUAUCUACUACAGUCUGAUUGGAUCCACUGAUGAAGAUGUUUUGCUUUUGGAAGAGUCAGAUGAAAGAGCUCACAUUAAUAUUAGGCAUACGAAGGACUUUCAAUUCCUGACUAUGAAUACAUUCUCUACCACAUCAUCGAAGAUUUAG